UCUCUCUCCAGUGGUCUCAUUCUCUGAUUUUGUCUCAGCGACUGCACUCAAGGCUGUUGGCUUCUAACACAAACAGAUGAUUGCCAAAACUCCUCUCUUUUAAUAAUAUACUGGUUGGUUUUGUUCAACCUUGUAUCUAUCUUCAGUCUUCACCAAAGACAUCGAUUCUUUUUUGUACUUACUGUAUAUGUCUUUUAAUGCAUUAGUUGAUAUACUCACAAUUUCGUACGACAAAUUGUUGGAAGGAAGACGAGAGUACAAGCGCAAAAGCUUCUCCCUUGCUCGAUGACUGUGUAAACUGUAAUGCAUGUUUAGAUCAUCAACCCCAAUCCCUCAAAAUCAAACUUUAUGCGGAAUAAGCUUCUCAAUCGGAAUACCAUCUCAACGGUUUGGCAUAACCGGAGGUCAAAAAUCCGUCCACCGCCGCCUGCUUCCGCCAAGGCAGUGCUUCGAGUAUCAAAUAACAUAGCUCAUUUGGGGGCGCCAAAAGAGGGCCCAAAACCUAGGCAGCUGCUAUCUUUGCCGCCAUUCCCCGGCAACCCUUUGCCCGGAAGGAAUUCAACCUCUGUCGAACAUGUGACUGCCAUUAGCUGGCUCAAAUAUUACUUUGAUGACGUCAUUCCUCCAGUAAUUCAGCAUCAUUUCAAUAAAGGCCUUGUUCGGAUGGAAUGUCUUAAUUCAAGUGGCCUGUCUGAAAGCUACAGAGGACAAACAAUGUCCACAAGAAAGGUAAUAAUGCUUUUACUCGAGAGCUGUAUAAAACUCUGUAGUUAUUGUUAUGAAUUUGAAUACUUACUUCAUACUCAGAUUACCCGUUUUUAUAGUUGUAACAGUUACGUGCAGAUCAAACCUAGCGAAAUCGUGGAGGAGGGAGACAGGGUUUACGUUCCGGUAUCUGUUGCUGAAAAUAAAGUCUCAAAGAGAUUUGAUGUUAUUCCGAGUGGGACGUUGCACCCAAAUGCUGACGAAAUUAUGUACUUACAGAGACUCGUGAAGUACAAGGACUCGGCUAUUCUAGUGUUAAAUAAGCCUCCUAAACUUCCAGUAAAGGGGAACCUGCCGGUUCACAACAGCAUGGAUGCCUUAGCAGCUGCAGCAUUAUCGUAUGAUUAUGAUGAAGGCCCAAAGUUGGUGCAUCGUCUUGACAGAGAGAGUAGUGGUCUCCUCUUAAUGGGGAGAACGAAAGAAAGCAUUUCCUAUCUUCAUUGGUUGUUCAGUGACGUAAGGAAGGCUGCAUCCUUCUCUAAGGAAUGGAGUGAUGCUUGCGAUGCAAUGUAUCAGAGGUAUUGGGCGUUGGUCAUAGGCGUGCCCAACCAGAAAGAAGGCGUAAUUUGCGCCCCACUCACAAAGGUGCUUCUUAAUGAUGGAAAAACGGAGAUGGUUAUUCUAUCUCAUAAUUCAGGCUUAGAAGCUUCCCAAGAGGCAAUUACUCGAUAUCGUGUGCUUGGCCCGAUGAUCAAUGGUUGCUCAUGGAUUGAAUUGCAUCCUCUUACAAGGCGUAAACAUCAGCUUCGAGUUCAUUGUGCAGAAGCUCUAGGUACUCCGAUAGUAGGCGACUACAAAUACGGGUGGUUUGUCCACAGCAAAUGGAAGCAAAUGCCUAGACUCGAUUUUGAGCCAACAACCGGGGAACCUUAUAAAAUGCGGAGGCCAGAGGGCUUGGACGUACAGAAAGGCAGUGUCUUAUCAAAAGUUCCACUUUUGCAUUUGCAUAGCAGAGAAAUGGUAUUGCCGAAUAUCGAGAAGUUUAUCGAGCUCCAUAAGCACAUGUCAGGAAACUACAAUGUGGAUCCUGAGCUUUGUGCGAAACCAGAUAUCCUCCGUUUUGUGGUGCCGAUGCCUAAACACAUGAAAAUUAGUUGGAAUCUCAUGUCUUCUUACCUUGUAUAAAAGAAUGGUCAUCGAGACUUGGAUUUCUGAAAGAAUAGGUCAAUUUUUAUUUUGUUUUUGCUUUGUUUUGUUUUCCUUGUAACUUUAAUUUGAAUAAUCAGCUUCUUUGCAUUUGCAGUUUAUUUAAUUAUGAAAUUGAUGAAUUGUAUAUGUAAUCAUAUGGAGACCAGCUUUUUCAAUCAUAUUGAUACAGAUGCAUAUUGGGGAUUCAA